ACAUUGAUGCCAUCCAAACCAGAAUAUUUAGCAAGAACUUCGUAUUAAGGUAGCAACAGUCACAGCUCACCGCAGUUAACUUCUCAUCCAUUCAAAAUUUAGCCAUAAACAAACAAAUAGACCUCCACAUAAUCAGAUCCAAUCCUUUCUUUCUUCCCCAAUCCGAUCCGAUCCAAUCCAAUGGCGGAACAUCUAGCAUCAAUAUUCGGCACAGAAAAAGACAGAGUAAACUGUCCAUUCUACUUUAAGAUCGGCGCGUGCAGACACGGCGACCGUUGCUCGCGUCUCCACAACAGACCAACGAUUUCCCCAACCCUCCUCCUCUCCAACAUGUACCAACGUCCUGACAUCAUAACCCCCGGCGUCGACCCUAACGGUCAACCCAUCGAUCCACGUCAGAUCCAACAACACUUCGAAGAUUUCUACGAAGAUAUCUUUCUCGAACUUUCGAAAUUCGGUUACAUCGAAACCCUAAACGUUUGCGAUAAUCUCGCCGAUCACAUGAUCGGUAAUGUUUACGUUCUGUUUCGUGAGGAGGAUCACGCUGCGGCCGCUUUGGCUUCGCUGCACGGGAGGUUUUACUCCGGUCGUCCGAUUUUAGCUGAUUUUUCGCCGGUGACAGAUUUUCGUGAAGCCACGUGUCGUCAGUAUGAGGAGAAUAGUUGUAACCGUGGCGGUUAUUGUAAUUUUAUGCAUGUUAAGAAAAUUGGUAGGGAGUUGAGGAGGAAAUUGUUCGCGUCGCAGCGGAGUAGGAGCAGGAGUCGGAGCAGGAGUAAUAGUCCUCGUCGGAGAAGAAGCGGUGAUCGUGGAGAUCGAGAGAGGCGUGAUAGGGAUCGAGAUUAUGAAUCUCGUGGAAGAAGAAGUAGUGAUAGGGAUAGGGAUAGGGUUAGGGAUAGGGAUAGUAGGGAUAGGGAGGGAGGGGGGAGGAGGAGAAAUGGGAGUUCGGCGAGGGAAGGGAGCGAGGAAAGGCGAGCGAGAAUCGAGCAAUGGAAUAGAGAAAGAGAGGAGAAGCUGUGAUGUUUUCUUGUUGAUUUUAUUUUUUAUUUUUUAUUUUUCUGCUGUAUUCUGAAAUUGAGAUGUAGGUGAAUGAAUAUAUGAUGGUGAGUUUUAUGGAGCAGUUGGAGAAAAGAAGGGAAUGGUAAGGCUAGGUGCUAGGGGAUUGGUUGUGCAGAUGUUCUUCGGAUGUAGAUUGUAGAAAUUGCAAUUCAAAUUUCAAUGAUUAAAAAGGUUGGGGUUUUAAUGGUUUCCUGUAUAACGGCAUGUCUCUAUCAUAAGUUGGUAUUAUCCAAGUUUUAAAUUGUGCUCGCGUCGUGAUUCUGUAUUGUGGAGAAGCCCUGUCCAAUCGCAGUUGCAUUAUAGUUUCAGAGACAUCAAAACCAUGAUGUUGUGGCUCAAAUCGUAGUUGCUGAAUUUUUUUAAACACUGAUGCUGAUUGUUACGAAAGGGCUUCACACAAGAUGCAAGAAAUGUACUGCUCUUAACUAAUACUACCUUUGGUCUUAUUUAUAAAAAACAAAAACAAAAAACAUCAAAUCAAUAUUAUUAACUGUUUUAACUUUUUGAAAACAGUUUGAGCAUGUAGUAUGAUUCUUUUUUGGAACUCUAAUGAUUUUAUUAAUAUUUCUAUUAUGGGCAGAUCCACAUGUGAAUUUUAUAAUAUACUUUCUUCUUUGUCUUUACGGCAUUAUAGGUGUAUGAAUGCUGUUUGAGAGCAAUGUUGUUUUCAUGAAUCCUGUUGCUAAAUUUUAUACAAAUAUAUUGGGACAACUAAGAUGAGCAAGUUCUAUUUUUGUUAUUUUUUGUCUUUGGAUUUCUGCUACAUGGCCCAUUCUGGUUUUGUUCUCCCUAGAGGCCUAGGCCAACAGCACAACAUAGUCUUUGCUAUGGAUUUAUGCUUGUUCCACUUGCUCUAGGCAAUGACAGUUUAUCAAUUGUUCUUCAUGCAUUACUUAGGAAGGAAUUUGGAUUAUCAUAAACUUCAUAAUAUGUGAUGCAGCAGUUUAUGUUCAGAGCAUUAAUAUGUAAUACGAUAUCGAAUUCAGAUAGGAUAUUAUCUUGGUUA